ACAAACCGCCGCCGUGGUGAUACAGACGGGACGCUAGAUUGUUCGUAGCUCCGUUUAAAAAUAUAAAAACACCAGUGAAUUGUAAUAUUAUUACCGUUUUCAUCCGUUGAUUGCCGCCGGUCGGCAGAUUUAUAAUAAACUGCGGACGAAUAUCUGACUACCCUGUUACACAGUGUGCGUGCGAUUAGCGUUUCAAAUGUCCGAUAAACAGGAACAGAAUGGCAAAGGGUCCACGGCGUCCGCUAACGUCUCCCCAUCCGCGACCAACAUUACCGACCAAGAGCGUGAUUUGGCUCAGCAAGCGUUGGCCGAGUACGAGAAAAAAAAUUACAAGUCUUGCCUGCAACAUUUGGAACGCAUUGAAGAGUCCAGACCCAAUGACCCCAAAGUUCUGUUGAACAAGGCUAUCGUCGAGUAUUAUGAAAGCGGUUUGUGUACCACUGAUAAGUUUCAAAAAGACUUUACCGUUGUCUGCAAACAGGUUGAGUUAAAUCUAGAACAGUUGGAUACUUUGGAAGAUGUUGAAAACUGCAUUUAUUAUUAUAACUAUGCCGUACUAUUGUACCACCUGAAACACUACACCAAGGCUCUGGCCAUGAUAAACAAAGUCUACUCGUUUAUAGAAUCUCUUGAGGAAAGCUUGGCCCAUAAAGUAUGUUUGUUGAUUGUUCAGUUACACAUAGACACCAAAAAACCUACAGAAGCCCUCAAAUUAAUUACAUACAUUGAAAGUCAAUUUGUAUCAACCGAAAAUGCUACGAACAUAUUGACUGGUAGUACAGACCAAGUGGGCCCUAUACACACUAAAACGGAUAAAACAGAAAAAAAAGCAAAUUUAGAUGCUGCUACCGAUGCCUUUCGGGUAAGUCUUAUUCAAUACCGUGUUCGAUGUCUUAUGGAACUAAAUUCAUUUGAAGAAUGUAGUCAGCAACUGAAUACGAUAAAAGAAAAACAGGACUCCAUUACAUUAUUUUUAUUGGGAAAAUUGGAAUACCUGCGUGGCAAUUAUAAGGAAGCCCUAGAGAUUUUAAAAGAAAUUCCUAUGAAAAAUGACUUUACUGAAACUGGAGAGUGUUCUUCUGUUUUAGUAAAUAAUAAUGUUGCCUGUUUAUACCAUUAUGCUAAAAAACCAACCUUAGCAUUUACAUCUAUUUACAAAGCAAUUGUUCAACACCAAAAGAACAUCUUUGAUGUAACAAAACCUGUUCAAGGAGCCGAAGGAAGUCUCUCAGGUCAACCACUUCAUAUUAUUGGGGCUAGUAUUAAAACUGAGCUUAUGUUCAAUCUUGGCAUUUGUUUAUUACAUGCACAAAAACCAGAAGAAGCAUUUGACUGUCUAAUUGAAGCUGUACAAACGUAUCACAUGAAUCCAAGGCUGUGGUUAAGAUUAGCAGAAUGUUGUAUUAUGACUCACAAAAAAAGUAAUGACAGGGACUUUGAUUUCAAAAAACCUUACAUUGAAGGUGUUAUUGGCUCUGGUAAACAUAGGAAAAUUAUUUUAAAGUCACAAUUGUUUCCUGACACUAAGUACAGUUGUGAAGCGGUAUCUGCAUCCAUUCCAAUGCCAAGUCUUGAGUUUGGUUCAUUGUGUGUCCGCAAUGCAGUUUUGCUAUUACAAAAUAAUACUUUUGACUAUUCACCUUCUCAUACGCCUCUAGACACACAUAAAGAGUACCUUCUUGGUUGCAUUCAAUCAGCUGGAGCGUAUAUAGCCUUAUGUCUGGGUGAUCCAGUGGUCGCAUUAAAGUACUCACAAGAGUUACUCAAGUGUGAGAAAAUUAACAAAGUCCAUAAAUUUUUAGGUCAUUUAUAUGCAGCUGAAGCUUUAAUAUUAUCAGACAAACCGAAUGAAGCUAUAGAUAUGCUGAAAGAAUCUAAUGCUCUGAAUGAUAUUGAACCAGAACUUCAAGAACAGCUUACUAUAGAAAAAUGGAAGCCAGACAAACAGAAAUCUGCCAAAGCUGUACUUUAUUAUAACUUAGCAGUAGCAUUGACAUUGAGAGGCGAUCUCGAUAAAGCUGGAGAAUUAUUAAAACAAAUAUGGUUGUCAAAAAUUGAACACGUUUCAGUUCCUGUUCACGUUGUUAUAUUAGCACUUUACAUUCACUUGAGAUUAGGCCAAAAAGACAUUGCAAUAACUCUAAUCAAACAGAAUUGUCCACAAGCAAAACGAUAGGUUAACGUUUAAGAAACAUCUUAAUAUAAUAACAAUAUUAAUGUACUUUCAUGUAUUUUAUUUUAUAUGUAAGU